AGCGCAGUAAGUGAAUCACCUCAGCAGCCGGGGCAGAGCAGCACUCACUCCGCGGAGAAGACGCAGCUGCUCAGUCAAAGACCCAAUUACGCACCGGGAGGAAUUCCACCUGAAAACGCAAAUGUUGUCACUGUGACUGAGAACAAGGAUCCAACAACUGCCCCCCCCGCCCCUUAAAUUAUCUUGGAAUAUACUGCUUGAUUGUAGGCAACAUAUUUGUAUAGUCUAGUUUGAAUCAAUUAAAAGCCGGAGGGCAUCUCCUCAGCAGAAUGGAGGGAUUUACAGCUUUCUUCAACAUGAUUCUCGCCGCACUACUUGUCGCCACCGUCUCAUCGACCAAGUUAAAUGUACCGCGGAUGAGACUGUCAUAUACAGACCUGCUGUCAACCAACAGGUCGUCCAUCUUCAGCGGCCACCAUGGCCAGCUCUCUCUUACCGCGGUCUUCCUGGACGAGUACCGCGACCGCCUCUUCCUGGGAGGGAAAGAUAUUCUCUACUCUCUCCUGCUGGGACCUGCCAGCAGCGAGUCCAAAGAGAUUUACUGGCCUCCAUUACCUGGCAACAGAGAGGACUGCAUUCAAACGGGGAAGGAACCACAGACGGAGUGCGCCAACUUUGUUCGCCUCCUGCAGCCCUACAACCGCACCCACCUCCUGGCCUGUGGCACCGGUGCGUUCCAGCCCAUGUGUGCCUUCAUCUCGGUGGGGCACAGAGGAGAGCAUGUGUUCACCAUGGAUCCUACAAAUGUGGAGAAUGGAAGAGGCAAAGUUCCACAUGACCCCAGCCUCCCCUUCGCGAGCACCUUCAAUGGUGGGGAGCUGUAUGCAGGACUGACUGCAGAUUUCCUGGGGAGAGACUCUGUGAUCUUCAGGAGUAUGGGAGGUCGCUCCACCAUGAGGACAGAGACAGACCAGAAGCUUCUCCACGACCCAAAGUUCAUCGCUGCCCACCUCAUCCCGGACAACGACGACAAAGACAACGAUAAAGUGUAUUUUUUCUUCACGGAGAAGGCCUCGGAGCCGGGAGACCGGGAGGGGGCCAUACACACGCGCGUCGGACGUGUGUGUGCGAAUGAUGUCGGAGGCCAGAGAGUGCUGGUGAACAAGUGGAGUACCUUCAUCAAAGCCAGACUGGUCUGCUCUGUACCUGGACCUCACGGCAUCGACACACACUUCAACCAGCUGGAGGAUGUUUUCCUGCUGAGGACCAAGGAUGAGAGAAACCCAGAUGUCUAUGCGAUCUUCAGCACCAUCAGUAAUGUGUUCCAGGGUUUCGCCGUGUGCGUUUACCGUAUGGCUGACAUCAGAGAAGCCUUCAAUGGACCCUUCGCUCAUAAAGAAGGCCCUGACUACCAGUGGGGGGCCUUUGAAGGAAGGGUUCCUUAUCCAAGACCAGGCGUGUGCCCAAGUAAGAUCACCAACCAGCCAGGCAGAGAGUUUGGCAGCACAAAGGACUUCCCUGAUUCCGUGCUGCAGUUUGCCCGCAGCCACCCAUUGAUGUGGCGGCCGGUGUAUCCCGCUCUGCGCCAGCCCGUGCUUGUAAAGACAAACAUUCCUUACAAGCUGAAACAAAUCGUGGUGGACCGGGUGGAAGCAGAGGACGGCCAGUAUGACGUUAUGUUCAUUGGCACAGAUGUUGGCACAGUAUUAAAGGUCCUAGCCCUGCACAGUGGAAACAGCCUGGAGACAGAGGAGGUCACACUGGAGGAGCUACAAGUCUUCAAAGUGCCAACUCCAAUAACAUCGAUGGACAUAUCCGUGAAACGGCAAGCCCUGUAUGUCGGCUCUCCAGCCGGUGUGGCGCAGGUUAAGUUGCAUCGCUGUGAGACUUAUGGGAAGGCCUGCGCCGAGUGCUGCCUGGCCAGAGAUCCGUACUGCGCCUGGGACGGGUCAUUGUGUGCACGGUACACACCCAACAGCAAACGCCGCUACCGCAGACAGGACAUCAGGCAUGGAAACCCUGUGCUACAGUGUGUAGAUCAGAAUCUGAGUGAGGACAUAGACAUGACGGAAGACAAAGUGGUGUAUGGGACCGAGAACAACAGCACCUUCCUGGAGUGCGUUCCUCGCUCCCCACAAGCUACUGUUACCUGGCUCGUCCAACGGGAUGACCGCAAGGAGGAGGUGAAGCUGGACGAACGUGUGAUGUCUACGGAGCAAGGCCUCCUGUUUCGUCGUCUCUUCCACCAGGAUGAAGGCGUCUACAUCUGCCGCUCUCGAGAGCAUGGCUUCAUGCAGACCCUGACCCGCCUCACCCUCGAAGUCCUCCAAGGGGAGACUGUGGAUGAGCUCAUGGCCCGCGACACCGCUGGCUUCUCUGACUCGUUCAAAGACCGGUCCACAGGGAGUUACAGGGCCUGGAUGCCCUGCAGUGCCUACAGCAGGGGCGGCUCAUCAAGCCAAAUUGGCCAAUCACGUACAUGGUUCAAGGAUAUCAUGCAGCUGAUUGGGCCGUCGAACCUGCCGCAUGUGGAGGAGUACUGCGAGAGGAUGUGGUGCAACGACAAGCUGAGGAGGAAACACAAGAGCAUGCUGGAGAAACACCGCCAAGCGCAGGAGAGCGCCAGGAAGGCACGUAGCAAGAGCUCUGGCGAACGCAACCGGACGCCGAGAGAUCUCAGCGCAUGGGAGGAGUAACGAAGAGAAAGCAAGCAGGGGAGAGGGGUUAAAGAAGGGACAAAGAUUACAGUACAGGACAAAAUGAAUGGGCCAGCAAAAAGGGUCAAGACCAGCUUCAACUCCCCCAACAGUUGAAACUUUGGCACUUGGAUGUGAAAGAAUGAGGUUGAAUGCAACAGAGCACCUGCUUUGGUGAUUAAACCUAACAGAAUGGAUUUUAUGGAAAUCAGUGAAUGUGUAGAUCAAGUGUUAGGGGCCGGCUCUCUGUAAAGGGCCCCCUAAACAUAGAAGUGUUGUCUGUCUUGAAAGACGGCACAAAAAGAGAUUGCGACUGAACUGAACAGGUUGUUGCUAUAAAGAAUCUUUCAAAUACACUCAAAAACAUCUUGAGUACCAAGCACUCCUCCAGUUCUCACACACGUUUGCCCUUGUAUACUUUUCCAGUUGAACAUGAGAGACACUGCUUUGACGUCAAGUCAUAUAAAAGCUUUACACAUCUCAGAUUUAUGAAAUGUACGCAUGCCUGUGGACUGUCUCUUUGAUGAACACUGUUUGCGCUUGACUAACUGGGGUUUGAAAAAGAGAGACAUUGCAUUUUCUUACUCUGCAUAUUUGGACUUCAAAAUACCAACUUUCUGCGAGUAAGUGUAUGUGUCCAAGUGCAGCUCUUACACACAUGGAUACAUACACUUACUUUCCAUUAGUUUUUUGUCACAGUGAGUCAAUAUCUGGAUUCAUAUCGUUCUAACGUAGUAUUCAACGGUCGGUGUUUCUAGCCUUCCUCUGCACGUGGCAUUUUUAUAAUGAAAUAUUUAUGUGUGACUCUAGCUCAAGACAUAACUGAGUUUUCAGUGUAUUUAUAAGAGGCGUAUGCUACCAAUGCACCCAGGCUAAGACAAUUAUGCCGCAUUUCCACUGCACGGAACAGCUUGCCUCAACUUGCUUAGAAUCGUUCAUUUGUUUUGUUUUUUCAUUUGCAAAAGCCUAGGAUAGUACCUUGUGCUUUUUAGGCUUCCGCACCGACCAUUGCUGUGGCCACAACUCAAGAAUCCAUAUUGAAUGACAUUUUCGACCGACAUGGAUGUCAUCUGCAACUUGACUGGUUCAAAGGCAAAGUGGUAAUUCCAGUUUUUCUACCACCCUGAUACUAUAACCCCAUGCCCAACCAUGCAGUGGAAAUCAGGCAUUGCUGUAUCUGAUCUUGCCACUGUUCAUGCACACAUAUACAAAAACUGAAAUCCCACUCAUCCAUUACACUGAAUGCAUGAGCUCAAAUAGCUCAAACUGGAAGCUACCAUGAGACGACUGUUGAUGGUUCAACAGAUUAAAGGCACGUUGCUUUAUUGUUA